AAAAAAGCGCAGUAUCAGGAAGCAAGGUGACAAAGGUGCGCCUGCACAGCCGAAGGACACGGCUUCUUGGAGCAGGGCGCCCCGGCAGCGGCGGCGGCGGCGUGAAAGCCAAGGCCAACUUUUUACUCUCACCUUGGUGUCGGAGCGCACGUUGGAGGACAUUUCUUGGCAGAACUUGAAAAAAAAAAAAAAAAAGAUGUGGUCUGUCCAAGUCCUUCUUCUGCUUCUCUUCUACGAUGCUUGUCUUCCCACCGGUGACGGCAACGUGUUCUUUCGGUCCAAGAACUUUUACAACGUGCUCCACUGGCAUGCGGCGAAGCCUUGGCCGGCGGACCGGAAGGUCCUCUACAGAGUCCAGUACAAGAGAUACGGUUCGGGAGAUCCUUACCGAAUGAAGAGCGCGUGUCAGAACAUCACAGCGCUGCACUGCGACCUGACUGCGGAGACGCCGUCGCUUCCGGAUGUUUCCUACAUGGCGCGAGUGUACGCCGACGGAAAGCUGCACGGGAGCACCACCAGUUUCAACCCCAUCAAGAACACGACUCUGGGCCCGGUUCUUUUGUCUACCGGCGCGACGGCGGCGUCCUUGUUGGUUCGAGCCGCGCUUCCGCUGGGGCCCAACGGCGUCUCGGUGGCGGACAUCUUCAGAAGCAGCAAAAGCGGACCCGUCGAUACUUCCAUUCAAUACACCUUUAACCUCACCUCCCCCGAGUGGGCCCUACAGUACGACCGCAGAGUGUCGGAUCAGUUUGUCUUCAACUUGAAAUCCAACGGAAGCAAGUACUGCGGCUACGUGGUCUACCGGCCUUUGUUCCUGUCGGGUCGUCCGGAGAGUGAAAAGGCCUACUUCUGUGCAACCCUAUCGGGGGACGCUGCCGAGAUUUUGCCGUGGCCCCUGGCGGCCACCGCCUUGCUGGCCAUCAUUGUCACGGUGUCGGUCGGAGCCACGUGCGUCUACGCGAAGGGCGGCCCGGGCAAGAGGCCGCCCCGCUCGCUGGAAAUCGGUGCUGCCAAUCGCUCGACUGGACCAGUUCUGCAGCAAAGCCCGGAACGGAAUCUGCUUAUUUGCAGAGCGACGGUCUUCACUCCAACUCAGCAAACCUUUGCCCCCGAGUUUGUUCCCGUCAAGCCGAAUCCGAAGGGGGCCUACGUUGGACCUCCCGGAAGCUAUUCUCCGCAGGAUGUCGCUCGGGUGGAGGUGCCCGACGGCCGGGCAUCCGACAGCCGAUCGUCUGUCGUCUACAGCGCCUUGGCGGCGGCCGCUCCGACCGAAUGGAACGAGCUGCCGAGGGUCCUUGUGGAAGACGGGGAAAAGCCCUCGCCUCCGCCGCAAAGCGCCGCUUGUCUGGACGUGGAUCUGUGCGGACAGCUGCAAUUGCACACGGUGCGGGACGCCGACGGACAACUGAAGUUGCCCUCCCUCGCUUUGCAGGUAGAGAAGGACAGUGAGAGAAAACCUCUUACGUGCGACCGCCUCCAAUCUGACCCGGAUGGAUGGCUUUUGGCUCGACCCAGGCGCUCGGAUCGCUCCGAAUCGUCGGACUCCGGGUGUGGCGACGUGACGCCGAUGCAGACGGACUGCAACCAAAUUCCGCUUGGAAUUUACCGACCGCUCGGUCGCCCCGAUCCGACAUCGGGGUACAAACAAAACUGGAUGCCUCUUGACACCGCGCCCAACAAUGAUCGGGACUACGUGAAGAGAAAGCACCCUUGGACUUCGGCCAGUCCUCCAGAAACGGAGGGCGGUCGGUGCGAUGACGACGGAGGAUUCCGACGAGUGUUUCUUGAAGAUUGGGUGUUACAAAUACAAGAGUAACAUCUUACCGUUGAGAUGAAGCUAUUUCAAUUUUUUCCGCUCGUCAGUGGCGAUGGACUCACCCCACAAAUAAACGUGUUCUGGGAAUGACUGGCGACCGGUUGACGGUUUGUCUGCAGGAUGUUGACCCUGCCAAGUUCUAGCGAUCGGCCAGAGACAUCGUCGGUCGGUGCCGUCAGGAGCCUCGAAAGCAGGAGCCCCCGUCUCUGAUUUCUGUGAUCGGAGGGCGGAUGGAUUCAACCGCUGGCACUCGUCGUCGGACAAAUGUCCCCACGAGACACUCAUUUGCAGCGUCGGAAGUGUACGCUUGGAAUACCUCACCCCCCUGUGGGCUUGUCGUCGUCGAACGGUAAAAGGUGUUUGCUGAAUCCAAUUUCAAAAGUAAGAAUGACCAAAGAAGUCCUCAAGUGUGACUGAUUUUCUUGAUAUUUCUCGGUGUGAGUGACGCAGAAAUAUGAAAAAUGGCGACUCAGUGUUUACUGUUUACCCUUCGGUCUGGCGCGUUCGCUUCACUGUUUGCCGUUCCCGCGGCCCUGCGUAAAUAAAGCGAGUCAACAGACUGAGAACGAAUCGGUCAAGGUUCGAGCGGCGCCGAUAACAGAAAUAGGUCACCCUAUCGUUCCUAUUCCAGCUGUAAAGUCAUCACGGGAGCCUGUCCAAGAUAAAACCGGGAGGCGGCUCGCGGAGGAGCAAACAAGAAAAGUCGCAGUCCGAGGCAAUUGGUUGAUUUGAAGGAGACUUUGUUUCAGACUAGUUCAAAACGCUUGCCAGGAGUGUCGGUCCAAGCACGGUCCACGCUCUACGCGGCCCUGCUCGUGUAAAAAAAAAAUCAACGGCUCGCCGCUUGGUUUGAUCCGGGCCAGAAGAGAGGCCGAUGGAAAUCUUGAAAAAGGGAAUGUCUGAGUGUUUACACGCGACGAGAUCACAGAUUUCAAAUCGAUGAGAAACAAGUUGAAAUCAAAGGAGAAAUCUGAGCCGUAUAUCUCUGGCUUUCUCUCGCAUCCCCACCCCUCCCCCGCUGGAGAGGUUUUAUGAUUCUGUGGAAAUGACGUUUUCAAGCAACACGUGGACAUGUAUCAUGAUUUUCCAUUUGCCUCGCCGGGGUUACUUCAAAUAAAAAAUGUAAAAAA